GAAAAAUAGGGAGCGCUAACACUACUAAUAGAGUCUUGUUUUUUCGGUUUUUCCUCGUCCUUCUCGUCUUCCCAUUGUUGCGCCGGUCGCCCGGCCCCAAACAAGACGAAGAAUAUACUCUUGGAAAACCCCACAAAAAGAAAACACCUAUAAAAUAUUGACACUCACUGUUGUUUAGCUUUCUUGCUUUUUCCUUUCCCGAUCAACAUCAACAAACACCUCCUUGUGUUUUUCUUAGACGGCCAUAAACAAUUUCUCUCAACUCUUCCUUUCUUACCAAUUUUGAAAACAUGAAUGACCUGCUAGCGGAUUCAAGCUUCGUUAGUGCCAAAGAUAAUGCUUCCAAAGAAUCUGACAUCGAGAUGGGCAAUCGGUUUACGAGGAGUCAGUCAGAUUCAGGAAUGGACACCUUCAAUAAGCAGAUACAAGAAAUUGAGAAACAGGUUGAUAAACUAUCUGGUUUGCUGAAGAGCCUUAAGGAUGCUAAUGAGGAAUCAAAAUCUGUUACUAAAGCAUCAGCAAUGAAAGCUAUAAGGAAGCGGAUGGAGAAAGAUAUAGAUGAAGUUGGGAAGAUUGCAAGAAAUGUCAAAGCAAAAAUAGAAGCAAUAAAUAACGAGAACUUGGCUAAUCGACAAAAGUCUGGAUGUGGAAAGGGUACAAGUGUUGACAGAUCAAGGACAAAUAUGACCAAUGCCUUGACAAAGAAGUUCAGAGACGUAAUGAUAGAAUUUCAGACGUUAAGGCAGAGGAUAGACAACGAAUAUCGUGAGGUUGUAGAGCGAAGGGUGAUCACAGUCACUGGAACUAGACCGGAUGAGGAGACAAUCAACAACCUGAUAGAAACCGGAAACAGCGAACAAAUCUUCCAAAAUGCUAUUCAAGGAACAGGGCGUGGACAGGUCCUAAGCACCGUAGAAGAAAUUCAUGAAAGACAUGAUGCAGUGAAGGAAAUUGAGAGAAAGCUUCUCGAUCUGCAUCAGAUUUAUCUAGACAUGGCGGUUCUGGUUGAAGCUCAAGGAGACUUGUUAGAUAAUAUUGAAUCCCAGGUGAGAUAUGCAGUGGACCACGUUAACAUGGGUACAGAUGCACUUCAAACUGCAAAGAGCUUACAGAAGAAAUCAAGAAAAUGCACGAUAAUAGCCAUAAUUCUUCUUCUGAUUAUUGCUGCCGUUGUCGUGCUCUCGGUUCUCAAACCUUGGAAGAAAUAAUCAGUAACACAUAAUCAACAUUACUUUCUCUGAAUUCAUUUCUUACUGAUCUCAUUACUAUACCGCUUUCUCUUUUUCAUCUUCUUUUGUUCUGUGUGUAUCAUCCUCUUUCUUUUCAAGUUGUAUUUUUUAUGUAUCUAAUAAGUUGCCAGUCAAAUUGUCUUUGUGGGUUUGAGUCGUGGAAUCAGUCACUGAUGUUUGCAUUAGGGUAGACUGCCUACAUCACACUCCCGUUGGAUUGUGGCCCUUUCCCGAAUACUAUAUAAAUACGAAGAGAUGCUUCGUGCA